GCUUUGGCGGGUAGGAAUUCCGAACAAAAUAUAAUUUGCGGCAGAACGACGGAGGAGAAGAAGCUUUACUGUGAUCAGAGAGAUCGAAUUUUUUUUGUUGAGGAUUUUGGCUUUGAGACCGCUGGUUCUUGGGAGUUCAUAACAAAAUGAUUCACUUUGUGCUUCUUAUAAGUAGACAAGGAAAAGUGAGGUUGACAAAAUGGUAUUCUCCAUAUUCUCAGAAGGAGAGAUCUAAGGUUAUCCGUGAGCUCAGUGGAAUGAUUCUAAAUCGAGGGCCUAAGCUUUGUAACUUUGUGGAAUGGAGGGGACUGAAAGCUGUCUAUAAACGAUAUGCUAGUCUUUACUUUUGCAUGUGCAUCGAUCAGGAUGACAAUGAACUAGAGGUCCUUGAAAUUAUUCAUCAUUACGUUGAGAUUUUGGACCGUUACUUCGGCAGUGUCUGCGAAUUGGAUUUGAUCUUCAACUUUCACAAGGCCUAUUAUAUAUUGGAUGAGCUUCUAAUUGCUGGUGAACUCCAAGAAUCAAGCAAGAAAACAGUAGCAAGAUUGAUAGCCGCACAGGAUUCGUUGGUGGAGACUGCAAAGGAGCAAGCUAGUUCAAUUAGUAACAUAAUUGCACAGGCCACCAAGUAGAUGAAUAACUUGAGAGUGUAUGUUUCAGUUUUUGCGAAAUUGAUUUGUUCUGAAGUAUUGUAAUUAUAUGUUAUCUCAACUUGUAUCAAACAAGUUAAUGCCUUAUUUUUGCUUAUUUCAUUUGUUGUAUUCCACAAAUUGCUUUUUGGAAUUUCUAGUAGUUCCAUCUA